UAUAUGUGGCCAUUCUGUAAGUAAAUGAUUCAUUCGUUUAAAUAUUUUAUUUCUAAUAUAAUAAAAUUUCUUUGACUUUUAGGAUAAAUUUGUGAAUACUCAUCAUAAUAUUAUAUUUCCUUUAUUAUCAUUUUUGUAAUAGCUUUAUUGUUAGUAUAAAAGUUUACGUUCUUUUAAUUUGAUCAAUAAUUAAAUAAAUAUUUAAACGAAUCAAUUACGAACAGAACAGUCACAGAAUUUUGUAUCACAGACAGGAAUGCUGUUUUUCGUAACACUUCUCAGAAAACAAGCAUGAGUUUGAGAACUAAGUAUUAUGUUCAACCGCACAUAAAUAUACUUUAUAACCUGUAAGGCAGCUAACUAUACCUUGUACUUGACAGACCAUAAAGGCAUAUGUUAGGAUUAGCAAAAUGGUUCUGCUGGAGAAUGAUGUGUUUCUAGUCGAGCUAACACGACUUUUCGAUAAAUCUCGUCUUUCUGGUUCAGUAGUACUCACUAUUAAACGAUUUAAUGGACACAAUAAACCAGUACCCAGGAAAGGCAGGCCGCCCUUACCAACACCAAGUGAAUUUCUUUGUUUAGUAAGAGCUACCUUAAGAUCUAAGAAAAUAUCUACUGUUAUUCAUUCCAAGGAUGUAAAUAAAUUUCAACAAGCGUAUUGGAAUCUAUUGAAAUCAAAUGUCAAUGGCCUCAAGAAAUUAAAGAAAGUAAAAUCUGCAAAGCCAAAAGUUCAUUGACAGUAUAACAUAGAUUAUUUAACAAUUAUAUAUUAUUAUUAUAAUUAUAAUUAUUAUAUAUAUAUAUAUAUCUGGUAUAGUAAUAGUAAUCAUAAUUACUAUUGACCUCUUGUAUGACACAAAAUACAUUUUUUCUAAUGUACUAUAUGAUAUUGUCUAAGAAAUAAAUUACA